ACUGGCAUAGAGUCCAUGGACCAAUGUCGCCACACACUGGAGCAGCACAACUGGAACAUAGAGGCAGCUGUGCAGGACCGACUGAACGAGCAAGAGGGUGUCCCAAGUGUCUUCAAUCCUCCUCCAUCACGGCCAUUGCAGGUCAAUACAGCCGACCACAGGAUCUACAGCUACGUUGUCUCAAGGCCACAGCCCAGGGGCCUGUUAGGAUGGGGAUACUACUUCAUAAUGCUUCCAUUCCGAUUUACCUAUUACACAUUACUUGAUAUAUUUAGGUUUGCUCUGCGUUUCAUACGCCCCGAUCCUCGUAGUCGGGUCACUGACCCAGUGGGUGACAUUAUUUCAUUUAUUCACAUGUUUGAGGAAAAAUAUGGGAGGAUACACCCUGUCUUCUACCAGGGAACUUACAGCCAGGCACUGAACGAUGCCAAGCGGGAGCUGCGCUUCCUGUUGGUUUAUCUUCACGGAGAUGACCACCAAGACACAGAUGAGUUCUGCCGCAAUACACUGUGUGCACCUGAGGUCAUCACCCUCAUCAACACUAGGAUGCUCUUCUGGGCUUGUUCAACCAAUAAACCAGAGGGAUACAGAGUGUCCCAGGCUCUGCGGGAGAACACGUACCCAUUCCUGGCUGUGAUCAUGCUGAAGGAUCGCAGGAUGACGGUGGUCGGGAGGCUGGAAGGUCUCAUCCAGGCUGAUGACCUCAUCAAUCAGCUGAUGUUCAUCAUGGAUGCCAACCAGACCUACCUGGUGUCGGAACGCCUGGAACGGGAAGAGAGGAACCAAACCCAAGUCCUGAGGCAGCAGCAGGACGAGGCGUAUCUGGCAUCCUUGCGUGCAGACCAGGAGAAGGAGCGCAAGAAGAAGGAAGAACGAGAGAGGAAGAAGAAGAAAGAGGAAGAAGUGCAGCAGCAAAAGCUAGCAGAGGAGAGGCGGCGACAGACGCUGCAGGAGGAGAAGGAGCGGAAGUCGGAAUGUCUUCCUCCCGAGCCACAUCCCGAUGACCCAGAGAGUGUCAAGAUCAUUUUCAAGCUGCCUAACGAUUCCAGAGUGGAGCGGCGAUUCCACUUCACACAGUCAUUGACGGUGAUCCACGACUUCCUGUUCUCCUUGAAUGAGGCCAACUUCCCUCGCCGCGUCCUGCCCUGCCUCCCGACAGAGGAGUGGCCCAACCCUCCCACGCUGCAGGAGGCCGGACUGAGCCACACGGAAGUCCUCUUUGUGCAGGACCUCACGGACGAUUGACACUUCUGUUUGGGUUUUUUUUUGUUUUGUUUUCUUUUUUUCGGUUGUUUUUUUUUCCAGAAGACACAAAAUGGAAAAGAGAAAUUCAUAUUAUUAUUAUAAUACGAUAUUUUUUUUAAAAGACUGCAUACAAACGAGGGAUCAGAGACCACAGGGCCUGUGCCAGCUGCGCUACGUGCGCGUGCUGGCGAGAGGACGCGUGUGCAUGGCCUCACCCCCGUGGGCACAGCCAUCCCCUGCGCCGGGAGGGCAGAGAGGGGGGAGCUGGUGUUGCCCCUCCACCCUCCCUGGGGGAGGAACAGGAAUGGCAGCUCUUGGUAAUAAUUGCUUUUAUUGAUGACAGUAAUAAUAAAGCCCCAACAACCUUGACAUCUCGUGAGGAUUUGAUACUCUGCUGCUCCUGACCAGACACAAGACCAAGCACCGGAACAUGCUGGGAGUGGGGUAGGGGCGGAAAGGGCUGGACAGAAUCUCUUCAGCUUCCCUCUGUGUAUAAAUACUGUUCUUUUAAUAUUUCUCUUGCUUUGUAAUGACCAAAGGAGAACGGGGUUGACAAUAGUAUUAACUUUUUGAUAAAGAGCUGGUUCGAUUCUUACCCGUGUUGGGUCUUGCCCAGGGUUCUUAGCCUGCGUAGUGUAAUAAACUCUGCCACUAGCA